GCUGGUCGGCGGCGGAUCGUCUGUAGGAUCCGGAUUAGGAGACGACCAUCACCCCCAGAGUCGGGAAUCCGGGGGAGGGUUCACUGUCCGGGCGUGAAAACAAGUUCUCAUCGAACAGUAAAAACUGAUCACACGUGUCCCCAAAAUGCGUCAAGGUUCGAGCAGUGGAGGAGCUCCAGUGAUGUCAUCAUCGGGAAAGGACACGGGUCUGAGCUCAGCGAUCACCGAGCUCCUGACAAGCUGGGACGAUUUCCAGCUGCUGCAUUUGACGGAAUUCUACCGGGACAGGCUGGAGCAGGCGAUGGAAGGAGGGGUGCACGGAGUGAUCCUGGCGUUAACGGCCGAGAAUCAGUUCAGCGGAGAGGAACAUCGGAAAAUCUCUGAUCUUGCUGAUAAGGGAGAGCGGGCGGACAGUUCUAAACUCCUCCUGAGCCUGGUGAUGGAGAAAGGCUCCCGCGCCCGGAGGGUGAUGUGGGAAACCUUUGUGAAAAUGCGGAUUGAUGUUCCAAAGCUGGACAAAAUACUGAAAGAAAUACAGGAACAUGGUUGUGUUCCGGUCCAUCGGCCCGUACCGGAGAUUCCCAGGGAACUGAAAGAUGUUCAACAGAAACACAAGGAGACUCUUCGGGCACAAACUGAAACACUGAGAGUAAACACGAUCCUGAUGACGGAGAAGGUGAAGGUUUUCCAGCUGCUUGAUCGAUACGCUGAGCUCACGGUCAUUUCUACUGUUCGAGAUCGGAGACUGGUGGAACAUGAGCUGCUGGCAAGAGGCAGAGACCACGAGGAGUGGAGAGAAAAACAUCUCCGUGGACACCUGGAAAAACUCCGGACGGAUCAGCUGUUCCAGAGCAGCUUUUCCCGAAGUAAAUCCAAAUCUGGGAGUUCGGCAGCAGUGGCCGGAGUCCCGGGGAUCGGGAAAACAACAAUGGUACAAAAGAUUGUUUAUGACUGGGCCACGGGGAAAAUAUACCAACAAUUCCAGUUUGUCUUCAGUUUCAAAUUCCGCGAUUUAAACUCCAUUAACUGUAGAAUAAACCUGAAGGAACUGAUUCUGGAUCAGUAUCCUUACUUUGGGAAUAUCCUGAGAGAGGUCUGGAAGAACCCAGAGGGACUGCUGUUUAUAUUCGAUGGUUUGGAUGAAUUCAGUGACACAAUUGAUUUUUCAGACAGUCGGAGAGAUACAGAUCCUCAGUCCACAUGCACAGAUCCUGAAUUCAAGUGCAAGGUGUCUGACAUUGUGUACAGUUUAAUCCAGGGCAAGCUGCUCCCGGGGUGUUCAGUGCUGGUGACCACCCGUCCCACUGAGUUACAUUUAUUGGAAAAGGCUGAGAUCGGUACCGAAGCUGAAAUCCUGGGAUUUUCUGGUGAGGAACGGAAGGAAUAUUUCAUCAGACAUUUUGAAGAUCAGACGGUGGCGGCAGCUGUUUUCAAACACGUGAAGGAGAACGAGAUCCUGUACACCAUGAGCUACAACCCCUCCUACUGCUGGAUCCUCGCCCUGGCACUGGGCCCCUUUUUCACACAAAGAGUCAGGGACCUGCACCGAGUUCCCAAGACCAUCACCCAACUAUAUUCCUACUAUAUUUACAACAUCCUGAAAAACCACAGCCGUGAGAUUGAGAACCCCCGUGAUGUGUUACUCAGGGUUGGUCAGUUGGCCUUCAGAGGAGUGUCCGAGAGGAAGAUUGUGUUUACAGAUGGAGAUUUGAUCAAGUACAAUCUGCAGCCUUCCCAGUUCCUGUCCGGGUUCCUGAUGGAGCUUUUGGAGAGAGAGGAUUCUGCCCGGAGUGUGGUGUACACAUUCCCACACCUCACCAUCCAAGAGUUUGUAGCUGCAGUCGCACAAUUCCUGAUCCCAGAUGGCAGAGAUAUCAUGAAACUCCUCACUGAAGUCCACUGCGUGAGGGAUGGGCGAUUUGAGGUAUUUCUCCGUUUUGUUGCUGGUCUCUCCAAUGCAAUGACUGCUCGGGGCCUGGAGGAGUUUCUGGGUCGAUUUCCUCAUCAAACAACCUGCCGGGUGAUUGACUGGGUGAAGGAGGAGGUUAAACGCCGGAGUGGAAACACAGCGAGUGAAGCUGGUAAAAGGAGCCUCCUGAACACAUUGCACUACCUGUUUGAGUCUCAGAAUCGUGGACUGGCUCAGACCGCACUGGGAUCUGUGGAAACACUUUCAUUCUGUGGAAUGGCACUGACCCCGAUUGACUGCGCGGUGCUGUCUCAUGUCAUCGGACUCUGUGAUACAAUAAAACACCUGGACCUGGGGAACUGCCACAUUCAGUGUGAAGGAAUCCAGCGGCUGGGACCCGGGCUGCACAAGUGCCAGGAGUUGAGACUUGGGGAGAACCAACUGGGAGAUUCAGGAGUGAAACUGGUGUCUGCGGCUCUGAGGAAUCCGGCGUGUAAAAUACAGAAACUGUGUUAAGUACCAGACUGUGGGAGAUUGUGCUUACAGUCACUGGGUGUCUGACAAUGAACAUUAAUGUGAUCAGUAGAAACAAAGAAACAUAGAAAACAUACAGGACAAUACAGGCCCUUCGGCCCACAUAAGCUGUGCUGAACAUGUUUCUACCUUAGAAUUACCUCGGUUUUACCCAUAGCCCUCCAUAUUUCUAAGCUCACUGUAGCCAUCCUGGAGUUUUAAGAUCUGAUCUUUUCCGCCUCCACCACCGCCGGCAGCAGCCCAUUCCACACACUCACCACUCUCUGUGUAAAAAAACUUACCCCAGACAUAUCCUCUGUACCUACUUCCAAGCACCUUAAAACUAUGCCCUCUCUUGCUCGCCAUUUCAGCCCUGGGGUAAAGCCUCUGUCUAUCUACAUUAUCAAUGCCUCUGAAUAUCUUGUACACCUCUAUCAAAUCACCUCUCAUCCUCCGUCACUCCAAGAGAAAAGGCCGAGUUCACUCAACCUAUUUUCAUAAGACAUGCUCCCCAGUCCAGGCAACAUCCUUGUAAAUCUCCUCUGCACCCGUUCUAUGGUUUCCAUGUCCUUCCUAGAGUGAGACGACCAGAAUUGAGCACAGUACUCCAAGCGGGGUCUGGUUAGGGUCCUAUAUAGCUGCAACAUAUAACCAUGUAACCAUAACAGCACGGAAACAGGCCAUUUUGGCCCUUCUAGUCUGUGCCUUAACACUUACUCUCACCUCGUCCCACCGACCUGCACUCAGCCCAUAACCCCCCAUUCCUUUCCUGUCCAUAUCCCUAUGCAAUUUUACUUUAAAUGACAAUACCGAACCUGCCUCUACCACUUCUACUGGAAGCUCAUUCCACACAGCCACCACUCUCUGAGUAAAGAAAUUCCCCUCGUGUUACCCUUAAACUUUUGCCCCUUAACUCUCAAAUCAUGUCCUCUUGUUAGAAUCUCCCCUACUCUCAAUGGAAAAAGCCUAUCCACGUCACCUCGAUCUACCCCCCUCAUAACCUGUCAACUCUUAAACAUUACCUCUCGACACUUAAUCCCAUGACUGAUGAAGGCCAACACACCGUACGCCUUUUUAAUUGCAGAGUCAACCUGCAUAGCAGCUUUGAGUGUCCUAUGUACUCGGACCCCAUGAUCCCUCUGAUCCUCCACACUGUCAAGACUCUUACCAUUAACACUAUAUUCUACCAGCAUAUUUGACCUACCAAAAUGAACCACUUCACACUUAUCUGGGUUGAACUCCAUUUGCAACUUCACAGCCCAGUUUUGCAUCCUUUCAGUGUCCCGCUGUGACCUCAGACAGCCCUCCACACUAUCCACAACACCCCCAACCUUUGUGUCAUCAGCAAACUUACUAACACUACCCUCCAUUUCCUCAUCCAGGUCAUUUAUAAAAAUCACGAAGACUUGGGGUCCCAGAACCGAUCCCUGAGGCACUCCACUGGUCACCGGCCUCCAUGCAGAAUAUGACCCAACUACAACCACUCUUUGUCUUCUGUGGGCAAGCCAGUUCUGGAUCCACAAAGCAAUGUCCCCUUGGAUCCCAUGCCUCCUUACUUUCUCAGAUGAGAGGUGUCGGUCUCACAGAUUCUGGUGCCGAGGAUCUUGUCUCCGCUCUCAGCACAAACCCAUCACUGACGGGUCUGAACCUGAGUGAUAAUAAACUGGGAGAUUCAGGAGUGAAACUUGUGUCUGAGGCUCUGAGGAACCCGGAGUGUAAAAUACAGAAACUGGGGCUGGAGGAUGUCGGUCUCACAGAUUCUGGUGCCGAGGAUCUCGUCUCCGGUCUCAGUACAAACCCAUCACUGACGGAGCUGGACCUGGGAUUAAACUCUCUGACAAACCGAUCUGUCCCCGUUCUCCGCCUCCUCAUACAGACCCUCCCGAGUCUGGAGUGGAUCGAGCUGGUGGGGAAUCGGUUCAGUGAGACCGGGAGGAAGGAACUGAGAUCUCUGCGGGGAGUCACACUCGGACUGACAGUGAGAGUGUGAACAUGUGUGAAUGUGUGAACAUCCCCGCCCGCGGGAUGGGGACAUUUGGCCGACUCCCCGCCCUCCCCUUUAACUUCCGUCCUUACCAUUAAUGGCCGCGCGUCGGGGCUGAUUACCAACGGUUUUAACGGAACCUGCUCGGGUCUCGCUCUGUGCGUCGCUCGGAGUGGUGCCGCAGUGAUGUAUUUCCGCCUGUUGUCCGGCGGGGCAGCUUCCACCGGAUGUGCGUGUUCGAGACUCCUACGUGACACCCCGGGGAAUUACCCAGACAGGAAGAGCCCAGGGUCUGGGGCUCAGUCUGGGACACCGGUGUCCCGGGUUGGGGGGAGGGGGGAUGAUCGCGGGAGAGAAUCCUUUUGCUCCCUUUGCUGAGGACGGUGCAUUCGGCAGCCUGGCCGAUAUAAUGAUGUUAAAUGGACAAAUCCCUCGGCAGUGACCCUGGAUCUGCAGCGAUCCCGGACACGGCCCUGAAGUGUGAUUUUAUAAUCAUCGGUUCCCCGAUGCAGAGUGACGGUGAGAAACGGGACUGAUUAUUCAACCGGUCACUCGUUGUCGCCGGUCAGUUAAUUGUGUGUGACUGUGAGUGAGUAGAUUUACAUUUGUCAUGAUGAAAUCAAUAAACCGCUGCA